AUGUCAAGACCGGGACGUGGAAGAAAUAUUCGGAGGCCCUUUGGUGCCAACCCUAGUAGUGCAUUUCACGAGGAAACUGAUGAUAUUCAGGUCCAUCCAACCCUUUUGAAAAAUGCUCGUAGCAGCGGACACUUAAAUAUCUCUGGACGAAAUUUGACAACCGUUCCAAAGUCUGUAUUGAAUAUCAAUAUCGAGCAAUGCCCUGAUGCCAGAAAUUUUACUCUUGAUGGCAAUAAUGAACGCUGGUGGGAUCAAACAGAUUUGACCAAGCUCAUCAUGGCCAACAAUUGUAUGAAAACUUUGCCCGAUGAUAUCCGUCUUCUACAUGCAUUGCAAGUGCUUGAUAUUCAUGACAAUAGCUUGGAAAGGCUGCCAGAUACAAUUGGAAUGUUACUUGACUUACAAAAACUAGAACUUAGCCGGAAUCAAUUGACCACUUUACCGAGUUCAAUAAAGGAAUUAACCAACUUGACUGUCCUUCGUCUUGACAUAAACAAGAUAUCUAAUCUUCCUGAUGAAAUUGGAGAUUUAGUCAAUUUGGAAGAUUUGGAUGUGUCUAAAAAUUGCCUUGUAACUUUGCCACCAACUUUUGGCAAUUUGACGAAAUUGAGAAAUCUAAAUCUUUCUUCAAAUCAAUUAACAACUCUUCCUCCUGAAGUAGGAAAAAUGGCUCAGCUUAAAGUACUUGAUCUUCAAAGUAAUCAAAUCAACAUGCUGCCCUCAGAAAUUGGAAAUCUUCAUAAUUUGGAUUUAUUGUAUUUACAGAAGAAUAAACUUAUAGCUUUACCAAUUCUGGAAAACUGUAAGUCCUUAAAGGAAUUACAUUUGGGUUACAAUCUGAUCAAUGAACUGAAUGAUGAACACUUGGCACCCUUGUCUCAAAUUUCAAUGUUGGACUUGCGAGAUAAUAAACUAACUGAAGUGCCUCAAGAAAUAACUCUUCUGGUUAAGCUGCAGAGACUUGACCUUACUAACAAUAGCUUACAAAACUUACCAAAUGAAAUUGGUCUAAUGGAGAAUCUUAGACACUUACAGUUUGAUGGUAACCCGAUCCGGAAUAUCCGUCGUGACAUCAUGAGAAGAGGAACUACAGAAUUGAUGAAAUUUCUUCGGUCCCGUAUCCAAGAGCCACCCUCAAAUAAUGUCACCGAGUCCCCAGUGAGGAGUAAAAGCAAAAUGGGUGCUGCAGCAGCUGCUGUCCCUGCUGUUGUGGAAGAUAUUAGUAGCAUUCAGCCGCAUGAUGUCUGUCAUUUCAAAACUUUAGCAUACAGCAACAAACAGACUUCUGCCAUUUUACCAGAUCAUGUCUGGGAAUUUGCUGUCAAUAAUGGUGUGAAUACUGUGAAUCUUGGGAAAAACUGCUACACAACAUUACCUUCACCAAUGCUAAAGCUGGCUGAGUCACUUACUGAAAUCCACAUGGGAUUUAACAAAUUAACAACUCUUCCUCCUGAAAUUGGCAAAUACACCAAACUUCUUUACCUGGACAUACGAAAUAACUGCUUGUCAGACCUCCCUGAAGAAUUGUCUAAAAUUGUUAAUUUGAGGGAAAUAAAUCUUUCACAUAAUCAGUUUCCUGUGAUCCCUUCUGUUGUCUAUGAGCUGCAAAAACUGGAGAUCCUUUUUGUGAAUGGCAAUAGAAUUGAGGAAGUUGAUGUUGAACGUUUGCAACAUAUGCCUUUGUUGUCGACCCUCAACUUGCAAAACAACAACAUUGUUCAUGUGCCUCCAGAAUUGGCUCUUAUACCCAAGUUGGCUUGUUUGCAAUUGGAAGGGAAUCCUUUCCGAACACCUCGGCCUGCAAUUAUAGCAAAAGGAAGCUCAGCUGUUAUUGAUUAUCUCCGGGAUCGCAUUGUCAAAUAA